GCUGUCUUUGCGUGCACGGGGUGGUUGGUGUAUUGGAUGGCGGUGGGGAUAUAUCGCGUCUACUUCCAUCCCUUGGCGAAGAUUCCAGGACCCAAGCUUGCUGCUCUCACGUUCUGGUACGAAUUCUACUACGAGAUCUACCCGCACAAGUUCCAGUACCUGUGGAAGAUCAAGCAGCUCCACGAGCAGUACGACACGGGCCCCAUUAUCCGCAUCAACCCGCUGCAAGUCCACAUCCACGACCCCGACUACUUCGACAAGAUCUACGCCUCGGGCGCCAACCACAAGCGCGACCGCUGCAGCUGGUUCCACCACGCAGGCGGAAAAACGCUCUCCGGCGCCAUGCUCGAGGCCAUGGACCACGAUCUGCACAGGAUGCGGAGGAACUCUGUCGCGCACUUCUUCAGCAAGCGGAGUGUGCACGCACUCGAGCCGCUCGUCGUACAAUGCGUCCAGGGAUUGAUGGACAGGUUCAGAGGCGAGCUGAAGAACAGCGGAAUCGUGAACCUGAACUACGCCUACGCGGCCAUGACCAUGGACAUUAUAUCCGAGUACUGCUUCGGCGAGUCCAUGAAGAGCCUAGAGCGCGAGGCGUACGGCAAGGAAUGGCUCGACAUCCUGCACGACGCCGUCCAAAUGCGCCCGCUGGGGCGCCAGUUCCCCACCCUUGUAAACCUCCUCUUCGACCUGCCGCCCGAUAUCGUCGCCAAGGUCUCCCCCGCCGUCGAGAAAAUGAACGCCUGGAACGCGUCGCUGUUCGAAAGAAUCGAGCGCAUUAUGCGGUACGAAGACGGUGGCGACGAGAAGAAGCUCCAGCAAAGGACGAUUUUCCACGAGAUUAGGGACGACGUGGGCGGGAAGCUGCCCGAGGAAGAAAAGGCGACGCUUCGGUUGGCGGCGGAGGGGAGUACGUUUCUGGGCGCGGGCACAGAGACUACGUCGCGGACAUUGGCGGUCGCCACGUACUACUUGGUGAAGGAGAGGGAGGUUGGGGAGAGGCUGAGGGAGGAACUAAGGGGGGUGUUGAAGAGCAAGGACGACAGGGUGUCGCUGCCGCAGCUGGAGGCGUUGCCCUAUCUUACUGCCGUCGUCAAUGAGGGCCUCCGCGUCGCGCACGGCGUCUCCUCGCGCCAGCCCCGCAUCGCCACGCAGGAAGACCUCCAGUACGCGCAAUGGACCAUCCCGCGCGGGACCCCCGUCGCAGAGUCCGCCUACCUGCUUCACACCGACCCCGCCAUCUUCCCAGACCCGUUCGCGUUCCGCCCCGAGCGCUGGCUCGAAGACCACAAGCUCACAAGGUACCUCUUCGCGUUUGGGCGCGGGAGUCGCAGCUGCCUGGGCAUGAACCUGGCGACCUCGGAGCUGUACGUUGGCCUGGCAAUGAUCUGGCGGUGGUUCGAGAUGGAGUUGUAUGAGACAGUGGAGGAGCGGGAUGUGCUUACUACGUACGACGUCUUUCUGGGGAUGACGGAUCUGAAGAGCGAGGGGAUCAAAGUGAGGAUCACCGGGGAGAUUGAAGAUUGAGGAGCGGCACUGUCAGAAUGUGACGUUAGCGCGUCCCUUCCCCGCCAGUGCUCCAUCGCUGCUUCCCAAGUCGUGCCCCCGCCUACGCGUCGACAACCUCCUCUCGCGCCUUCAGCUUCCUCCCCAAGCACCAAUCCUCCACCUUUUUCAGCAUUCCAUCGUACGUCGUCUCGUACUGCCAAUCAUCCACCCAAAAGUUAAACAACCCCGGAGUCCUCAGCCCAUUCUGAAAGAACAGAUCCCCCGCCGCGCCAUCCCCGUCCACUGCCUGCGUCAUCUUGACGUCCAUCUCGUACCCGUUCUUCAUGCCAGCCAUCUGAUAUCCGUGCCACGCACUCG